GUUCAGUUGCAUUUGAGUGUUGGAGCCGGUAAGAAGUGAAAAGUCGUGUGAGCCGAAAAUCACGUCACUAUUGUGUGUUAUUGGUGCAUUGGAAUUUUGUUUGUUUGUUCGGCACAGUGCUCAUCAGCCGCAUCAUCAUCAUGCAGCAAGUGCUGUGGAAGAAACAUUUCGAGGAGCUGUAUGGUGCGGUUAAAGACAUUCUGCAACACCAUGCGUACGAGGAUUGUACGAUCGUGUGCGAAGGGGAACUGUUUCGUGCGCACCGAUUUUUGCUCGCAAGUGUUAGCCCAUACUUUCAUAAAAUUCUGGCCCAGAACGACACAAACACAACUGUGGUGCUGAAAGAUGUAUCACCACACGUAAUGCGCAUCAUCAUGCAGUUCCUGUACUACGGUGAGGCGACCAUCUACGACGGUGAUCUGGAGAACGUGGUAGCGGCCGCAGAACACUUGGACCUCAUCCCGGUGGUGGCGAUGCUGCGAAAUUUGGGCAAAGAUCAAACGCACAACCGCACCGCCGCUAGCUUUCUCGGCUAUCACGAUCACACGAUCACGGCCGACCAUCAUGCAGCUACACCGCCGAGGAUCAGUGUCCGCUCGCAGUAUAUGGCACCCCGCAACCGGAAACGCAUCGCACCGGACUCGGACGACGAGCAGCUAACCGAUGGGCAGGGACUGAGCCCGGUCGAGCUGACGACCACUGCGGCCCGGGACAAGGUACAGAGUACGGUGCAGCAGGUGUCGUCCCCAGCACAUCGGGCACAUCAGCAUCAGGCUGGACCGCCGGAGGAUCUGUCACCGGUGAUACCGGCAACGACACCACCGGUGCGCGAACCGGACCUUCAACCACCACCACCAUCAACCCACGAGCAGACAAUGUCACCGAGAGCCGUAUCCCACACCUCGUCGAUGGACGAGCGGGAUAAGCUGUGGACGUACUACGACAGCGUCGGCAUGAAGCUGCUAACCGACGCCGUCCAGUCAACGCCCAGCGAAGCGGACAAACGGAAGCAGAGCACGGGCAGGAAUGUGGCGACCUCCGGUGGAAAAACCGCACCAGCUGUAUAUGACCAUGUCUCACGUACAAGCCUGACCGAUCACGAAACACCACACCUCGCUACAAUGACACCGGGAGAAAAGUGGUUCCAGGGUCGGUUAGAGUUUAUGCUCAGCCAGCGCGGCAAACCGCUGCUCGUCCACGACGGCCACUCGUUCGGCAUACAGUACAUCCGGAAGGAUAAGAAGUACUGGCAGUGCAAUCUGUCCCGGAAGUAUAACUGCAAGGCGCGGGUAACCACCACCGACACCGGCGACAUCAUCGUGACGAACAACGAACACUGCCACACGGAGAUCCGGCAGCAUCUGCGCAAAGACUACAAGACGAUGAAGCUGGCGGCAUCGCUGGCAGCGAACCGUGGCCUGUCCGCGUUGCCCCUGUUCUCACCCAAAUCUCUCACGCUACCGAACCUGGCGAACGCGUUCCUGCAGUCCGGCAGUACGGAGGCGACCAACCUGUGCCAGACCAGCCCUAACGCAAGCCAUCAAAGUGAACCCGCGCAAGAGUCGGGCAGCCUCAACCUCACCAUCAACCAGCUGAUCAAACGGGAGGCGGGUAAUUACAGCGAAUGACGGUGGUGCGUGGCUGUUCAGGAGAGCCCGGAGGACGAUCCGUUCUUUUUGGGUCGGGUCGUACGCAAUGCGUAAAGACUCCCCGACAUCUCUACAACCUCAACGAACGUUCAUGAUGUGCACGGACGUGCACUGAGCAUCAACUCCACUAACUGUACCACCAGCACGGUUGGCACGAUUAUAGGUAUUGACUACUAGACGAAAAUGUACAAGUUUACUGCAGCUGGAACUAUCUGUUCUCAAAAACCUGUUGAACAUUAUCUGAUUAAAUACGAGAGCAUACUGUCAUGGCGCCUUAUGACGUGUAUGCUCGGCUCCAAAAAAUCGUAUAUCGUAGCUUAGGCAAAGGAUUCUAGCGUUAAGACGACGCGACCGAGCAGUAGUUUUAAGGUUAAAGUUAAAGUUGAGAUUAUGGCAACUAUAGGCUAUAAGAUAGAGAGAGUACAAGAACAACCGGCAGCAAACGACAGUUGGUUUGCCCCUACAACUAUAGGUACACGCUCAAUACUCAUUAACCUGAUUUGAUACUGGUGUUGGCUAAGCAGGUGCACACCCGUGAACACCGGGGUGUGUGCGAGGCAAUUUUCAAUUGCUGAAUAAUGUUAUCUAUACGGGGCUUGAUUUAUCGAAAUAUGCUAUCGAUAAAUAACCCCUCGAGAGGAUAGCGUGCGUUAUUGCCUUUUCAUACACACAGGUUUUUUUUUAAGGGAGGGAAUCGAACAGUGAUAACUUUUUCUUUCCGUUUAUCGCAUCAUUGAUGUUGUGUGUUCAAUAAGAAUGCUGAACCGUUUGCUCACGUUCAAAAUUUGAGGUUCGGCAAUAUCUAACAACAUUUCGAAAAAAAAAAAACCAUUGGUUCUCUCCAACAAAGUCUACAGGAACAACGUUACUUUUUACCGCGAAUUGCUCAAGUAAGCUAGACCAAAAACAAGAAUUCCAGUAUACACCAAACGACUUGCCAAAAAAUGGUUCAAUUUUACAUUGCGAUUUGUUCGUCAGGGCAAGAAGCGGACCAAUAGAGGAAGGAAAGACAUUAGAAUUGUGUAGACCUUUUAAAUAAGAUCAGUAGUUUUUUGUGUUAAUCUGUUCUCUGUUAUGUGCAUAAAAUACUCACCGAGAGUAUGUGGACACGUGUGCCAAAUAUGUUAUCUCAAUAAAAAAUAUAUACAAACGGUGAA